AUCAGACUUCCCGUGCAUUAGCUUUUAGCAGCCUGUGCUGCCCGCCCUCGUCGUUACUUAACACGCACACACUCUCACGCGGAGACGCAUUUUAACAUACAUACAUUACUACUGUACCUUCCCCUCCUUUUGGAUUCUCCGGAUCCUCUACUCCGGUCAGUUGAUCUACCGAUUGACAACUCCGACCACAGAAUAGUAUCAAACACUUUGAUCACAUAAGCAAAACCAAUGGCAACCAGCACGAUCCGCAAAGCGAUCGGCGCCGUAAAAGAUCAAACAAGCAUAAGCAUAGCCAAAGUGGCUGGUAACAUAGCUCCGGACCUCGAAGUUUUAGUUGUUAAAGUUACUAGCCAUGAUGAAGACCCUGCUGAUGAGAGGUACUUUAGAGAGAUUAUAAACCUUACUUUUCAUUCUAGGGGUUAUGUUAGUGCUUGUGUAGCUACUGUAUCUAGACGCCUAAGCAAAACGCAUGACUGGAUUGUGGCGAUCAAGGCUUUGAUGCUUGUUCAUAGGCUUCUGGUUGAUGGCCACCCUUCAUUUGAGGAGGAGAUUGUGUAUGCCACAAGGAGAGGGAUGCGUGUUUUGAAUAUGUCGGAUUUUAGAGAUGAGGCACACUCCCAUUCGUGGGAUCAUGCCGCGUUUGUGAGGUUUUAUGCAAUGUAUCUUGAUGAGAAAGUUGAGUUUGCAUUUUCUGAGCGGAAAUUGAAAGCCAGUGAAAGGAAAUUUGAUGAGGGUGAUGAUGGGUUUGGACCAAGAGAACAUAGGGAUGAUUUUGAUUAUGGGAUGCCUAAGAGAUCGAGGGCUUAUGGUGAUUUGAAUGGUGAUUCAGUUGGAAAAGAACAGAGGAGAGAGGCCUCUCCGAUUAGACAAUUGAGACCAGAGAGGGUUUUAGGCAAAUUGAAUCAGUUGUUGAGGAUGCUUGAUAGAGUUUUGGCUUGUAGGCCAACGGGGAUGGCAAAGAAUAGCAGGUUGGUGCUUGUAUCACUUUACAGGGUGGUGAAGGAAAGUUUUGGGCUUUAUGUUGAUAUAUGUGAGGCAUUGGGGUUGUUGUUGGAUAGAUUUACUGAGAUGGAUUAUGCAGAUUGUGUUAAGGGAUUUGAUAUGUAUGUUAGUGCAGCAAAGAUGAUAGAUGAACUUGUUGGGUUUUAUGGUUGGUGUAAGGAUAUAGGGAUUGCAAGAUCAGCUGAAUUCCCUGCUGUGCAGAGAAUUACUGAUCAGCUGUUGGGGACACUUGAAGGAUUUUUGAAAGAAAUGACUAACAAGACAUCUAAGGGUCCGGAGAGAAGUAAGGAGGAGAAGGUUUCUAUUAAGCAGGAACCAGAACCGGAUAUGAAUGAGGUCAAGGCUCUUCCUCCACCAGAAAAUUAUAUCCCUACACCACCUACUGAGCCACAGCCAAAGCCACAACCGCAUCAGAUAACAGAGGAUUUGGUGAAUUUGAAGGACGAUGCAGUUUCAGCUGAUGAGCAAGGCAACAAAUUGGCUUUGGCUUUGUUCAAUGGACCUCCAACUACCAGUACAAAUAAUUCAUGGGAAGCAUUCCCAUCGAAUGGAGAUUCUGAAGUGACUUCAGCUUGGCAGACACCAGCUGCUGAGAGUGGCAAAGCAGAUUGGGAAUUGGCAUUGGUGGAAUCAACUAGUAAUCUAUCAAAGCAGAAAGCUACUUUAGGGGGUGGUAUGGAUCCACUGCUAUUGAAUGGAAUGUAUGAUCAUGGGGCAGUGAGGCAACAUGUGAACACUACUCAAUUGAGUGCUGGGAGUGCAAGUAGUGUGGCAUUGCCUUGCCCAGGGAAGAGUGCAACACCAGUGUUGGCAUUGCCUGCACCUGAUGGGACGUUCCAGCCAGUUGGGAACCAGGAUCCAUUUGCUGCAUCCUUUGCAGUUCCUCCCCCUUCAUAUGUGCAGAUAGCAGACAUGGAAAGGAAGCAGCACUUGCUGGUUCAGGAACAGCAGAUUUGGCAACAAUAUGGAAGAGAUGGGAUGCAAGGUCAAGUGGGUUUGGCCAAUAUUAGCGGUGCCUCUGGGUAUUAUGGCCCUAGUCCUCAACCAAUGAUGAUGCCUUAUGGAAUGCCACAGCUCAGUGGUAUGGGGCAACCAGGAGGGUACUACUAUACACAAUAUUGAAGUUAAUCCCUGCUUGUUUCUAUGGUGCACAUCACUAGGAUAUGCUUAUUUCCAACCUUUUUGGGAAGAGUUUAUAUACACAAAAGGUUAAUACCUAGUCCCAUUGUUGUUCGCAUCAGAGGGAGUGAGGAACAUAAAAGGUUUCAAAAUGUUAUGCUGCAAUAUUUAAUGUGCAUUUACUUUUGCAUUUUUUGCUAUCGAUUUUCAUACACAAUUUUUUUUUAAUAUAAAAAAAAGGAAUUGUUCAUCUUUCUGGUUAUUCAUAGCCCAUAGGGUCAAUAAUAAACUUCUGGAGUCAGAAAGGCAUAGUCUUGUGAUUGACUCAGCUUCAGUUUUGAAAAUUCUCAAGGUUGGAAGUCAACUUUAACCUGGCGUGAAGAGAGGUAUUUGAGCUGAGGGCAACUACGGUUCAUGUUGAUUUUUUCAUUGUUUCUCGAUUUUUAUUUUUUGUAUUUGAAGUCACUUUGUUUGAUUUUUCUAUUGGACGGGAGGCUGUCCCAUUACUCUUGUAAUUAUCUGAUUCAUAGAAAUAUCUUACCUAAACUUUGUUAGUUUAUUA